AUGAAUACUCGUUUCACAAAGAUUGUGCCUCUACCGUCGAAGCCGUCCGUCAAAUGGCACCUUAUGCAUGAAGAGUAUUACCCCAUUUUUGUCCCUGAACGUCGCGAGCAGGUACAGUAUUGGUACAACAAGAUAGCCACAGGCAAGCAACGCGACACAUUUCGUCGUGUAUGUCAGGAAAUCUACACACAAGACCCUGACCUACCAGACCCGGAGUACACUGCGAAGUAUACCCUUCAAGUGGCCUUUUGCGAGGUAAAGAUAAUGCUCAAACACUAUGGGCUUGUACUCUCCGAUGUUGGGAAGAAGCUUGCCCGGGUGUGGAUCCUGCACGUGGCCAGCCCACGGGAUAAGGACAGCUUUCGCGAGGUGUUUACAGGUGCGCAGUCCGUCUUUAUUCCACUGUCCGUUAUGAAAACAGACUACAGGUCACCGGACGAGGAUGCCUACGAAGGCAUUGACCGCAGCAACUUCCUCUGGUCUGUUGAUUGGACUAACUUAGAAGCGGAAGAAAAGAGAGCGCAAAUUUAUCGGCAAAGACACUCUACCAGGUCUCUAAGCCUCCAGACGGAUCGACCGCGUGUAACAAAGCCAAAGAAUCAGUUUGAUGGCUUUUCACCCUUGACUGCCUUAGGAUACGCUGACGACACUGAGGAAGAAGCCAUAAACAAACUUCGAAAUAAGCUUGAGGAAACUGGGGAAUCUGACCGGUACUUCACCGUUGAUGGGUGCACCGUCUAUGUCGCGGGAGGAUCAAAGAAGGCAAACCCCAGUAACGUCAGCAGCACAAAGCAUGGAGUUAUAGCAACUGUGUACGGCGAUUGA